AUGGACGAGUUUUUGGGUAAAAAAUAUGUUUUGACCGAUUCGGAAAAUUUCGAGGACUAUUUAGUGUAUUUAGAUUUAAGCUACAUAGCUCGAAAAGUGGCACUUAGACUAAAUCAGGCUCACGUCCUGAUUAAAAACGAAGAUGGGACUUAUACCUUCCAGUUUCUUUCGACUAUGGCUAACUCCAGCAUUACAUUUAAGCCUGGAGAGGAGUUUGAAGAAGUCAAGGCUGAUGGUGUGAAGGUGAAAGCUCUAAUAGUAUUUGAAGGCAACAAAAUGAUUCACACACAGACAUCUGAUGAUGGGAAGGUGUCGAGACACGAACGAGAGUUUUUUAUAGAUAAGAUGAUAGUGACCACAACUGCUGAUGGACUAGACAAAAUAGUGAAAAGAAAUUUCAUAGUAGAGCAACAAUAA